GAUUGAAAAGGCUAAGGAGAAGAUGUUAUUGGUCGAUCUAAAAGGAGAGGAGAUUGAAUUGGAGGAGGAUGAUAUUCAGCUAAGAAAGGAAGGUGCAUGUGAAUUAUGGGAUGGAUUGAGAAAGAUGGAAGGUCUUUGGAGACAAAAAUCUAGAGCUAUGUGGAUGAGGCUAGAGGAUACAACUACUCGAUUUUUUCAUAGAUAUGCUAGAAGGUCAAGAAAUGCAAUGCAAGGAUUAUGGAAAGAUGGAUCAUGGAUGGAGGAUCUUGCAAGGGUAAAGAUGAUUGUUGCUGAACACUUCAAGAAACAAUUUUCGGAAGUAAAAUGGAGGAGGCCAAUAGUAGAGGAUGUAGAGUUCAAGAAAAUUUCUACAAAGAAAAACUUAAGAAUGGAGGCAGAAUUCUCACUGGAGGAAGUCAAGAAAGCAGUGGAAGAGUGCAAUAGUGAAAAAGCUUCAAGACCAGAUGGGUUCAACUUCAAGUUCAUCAAGUUCGCAUGGGACAUUUUGGAGGAGGACAUAAUGCAGUUUGUGAAGGAUUUUCAUGCAAACGGAAAACUGAAUGGAAGGCCAACAGAUGAGUUUAGAAUGGAGCGAGGCCUAUGUCAAGGGAAUCCUCUUUUCCCAUUCCUAUUUCUUCUAAUAGCCCGAGGCUUACACUGUUUAAUUCAUAGGGCAGUUGAUGAAGGCUUACUCGAAGGUAUUUCAAUGGGGAAAGGAAAUCUUCAGAUCUCACAUCUUCAAUUUGUGGAUGACACAGUGAUCAUGGCAAAGGCUAAAAUGGAUUACAUUUGGAUUGUAAAAGAGGGAGGUGUGGGAGCAAGUAAUGUUAGAAGGAGAAGAUUAUCAAAAAUAUGGGAAGACAAUGUAACCUCAGGGAAUGAAGGCAGUGAAAUCAGAGAUAGUAGGAAGUGCUUUUGUCUGGGAGUGGGAAGUGGCAACAACAUAUGUGAAAGAUGCAAAGAGGAUGCAAAGGAUGUAACGCACAUUAUGCUUAGCUGCAAGCUUGCUUACCAGAUGUUCAAGAAAUAUGGACAUGUGCAUGAAAUCUACUGUCCAGAAAAAAGGGAUAAGUUCAAUAGGAGAUUUGGCCUUGUGAGAUUCCAAGAGGCUGAAAAUGCUGCAGCAUUGGGAAGGAUGUUGGAAUAUAUCCUAUUUGAGGAGCAGAAGCCACACACUAACAUCCCAAGGUUUGAUAAGAAGAAGAAAGGACAUCAAGAUAAACCUGCAAGAAGGGACAUUAUUUUUGGGAAUGUAAACAGGUAAAAGAGAAACACUGAUGGAAUGGCACAGAGAAGCUAUGCUGAUGUGGUGAAAAAUCAAGGAAUACAAGUGAGUAUAACUGGUAGGAAGCUUUAAUAGCUCAAAUGAAACCUAAGAAGAUCAUUAGGUGGGUAUGGAGAAAAAUGGUGCAGAAUACAGAUUGGUGUGGUCU